AUGGACACAAUCCCUGAUCAUCACACUCCCGCCCUAAAAGGCAAUCUACAACAGUGUCAAAAUUACCGCACCAUCAGCCUUAUUAGCCACCCAAACAUGGCAAUGCUGAAGAUGCUGUUGAAUAGGUUGAAGCCACAAGGAGAGAUCAUUGCUGAAGAACAAACAGGCUUCAGAGCAGGGCGCAGCGCAAUAGAGCAACUCUUCAACUUCAGGAUACUGUGCGAAAGGUACCUCCAACACCACCUCUACCAUGUUUUUGUUGAUUUUAAGAAGGUGUUCGACAGAGUAUGUCAUGCAGCGUUAUGGGCCACCUUGAGGCUGAACAACAUCAAUGCCAACCUGAUCAGAGUCAUCGUACACCUCGAUGACAAGGCGACCAGCACAGUCUACUUUAACUACAGCAUUGGGGCCGGGUUCAGUACCAUAGUAGGAUUGAGGAAAGGACGCCUGUUUUCCCCUUCCUUAUUCAACAUCUUUUUGGAAAGGAUCAUGGCUAACGCACUAGAAGACUGCAUUGGAACAGUCAACAUUGGCGGCAGAACUUCACCAACUUGCGUUUUGCCGAUGAGAUAG